GCUAGCUUCAUUCAGAGCAGCAGCCCAUAAAGGUCAACUUUCUCGAGUUGUUGGUUCUCCUGCUCCACGUGUUGGCUCAUUUUUCGUACAUUAGUUCCGAUCACCUACGGCUUGCAGUCUCCCGCAGUAUUUCUCGUGCGGCGUCGAUCGUUGUUCCAGGAUUGUACAUCCGUUAACCAUCCAUUAACAGCAGGGCUCGUACUUCUCGUCCUUCUCGUCCCCCACGGUGCUUGUCCGUUAACCAACGACCACCAUCACAAUGGCGGCGUCGUACUGCACGUGUUCCGGGUGCUCUUACAACGCGGACGCGCCUGGGGAGCUUCCGUCCCAGAUUCUCGAGGCCAAUGGCUUCCCCUCGGAGCUCCUCCCCGCGCACGAGGUCGCGCACUGCGAAGGCGCAAUCACCGGGCCCUUCUCGAUCAACUUCAAGCGUCCGAUCGACGCCGUGAUCGACGGCUACAACGUGCACUAUGACCAGCAGGUCACCGGCACGGUGGAGCACGGUUGGAUCCGGCAAGUCACGGGGAUUAAAGUGUUCUACAUGAUGGCGUGGGUGCCUGUAGAUACCGCACAGAUCGGCGCGUCGUGCGGCAAUCGGCUAUACUUCUACGUCGGCCGACUCGUCUACAAGAGCGUGGCGCUCUCCGCGUUUCCCGGGCUGUGGGAAGGCCAGGGCGCGAAGAACCAGAAGCAGGCGCAGAAGGCGCAGAAGCAAAGGCAGCUGAUGCAGGUGGAUACGUCGUCAGACGAGGAGGAAAGCGAGGAAGACGACGAGGAGCGGUGGGAAGAUGCGCCGAUGGACGGAAGCGACCGCGAAAGCUUGGACUUGAGCGAUCAGGAAGCGGGGGAGCCGGAAUCAACGGCGGAUUUGGUGCAGGCGAAGGAAGGCGCGGCGGGAGGUGCUAGAAGAAGCUUUUUUCGUUUCAGGGCAUGAAGCCAUGACAAAGAUACAUAACGAGGCUCGUCAGGGGCCAGUCCAUUAUACUACCAUACCAUCAGGACCCUUCCUCUAGGCGAUCUUCUUGGCGAUCUUCCAGGCGAUCUUCCAGGCGAUCUUCCAGGCGAUCGUUAACUUCUGUAUGAUACCUGGAGCUUAUUCUGCUCUUGCAUCAGGCAGCGCAGGAUCUGAAGCAGCAGGACCCCUCUCCUGCUGUCACACGCACUAGCCGCUCACAAACCUGGUUCACCACACACUACUGGGGGGGGGUGUCAUCUUCGCGUUCUGAUUUCUGCGAAGUCCGUCCUCGCAGCUCAUUUCUCGCCUCUUGGUUGGCUUCUGCGGAGCCCAUCGUUGUCAUCCCCAGCCCCAUUCUCCGGCUUCGGCUGCAUCGCUGCUCUGCCCAGCGUCACACUGUUGGGUGCGAAGCUAGAAGAAGUAUGUGUGGAUGGUGGGGUGGGGUGUUAUCGGUGGAUCCGGCUUGGAGACGAAUGCAUGAUCUCUGGGGUGACGGCACUCACGAGUCAUGGGCACUAUAGCCUAACCACUUGCACCUAGCCUUGGUUGGUUUCUAGGAGGCUGAUUUUGCCAUAAGCUGCUGUUGGUUGGUUAGCUGCUGCUGUGCUAGCAGCCCAGCUUGCUGCAGUGUAAUUGCGUGUGCUUGUGGGGCUUGAUGCCCAUGCCUCGUCAGUGCCAUACCUUAUUCUCUAAAGGUAUUUUCUUUCUUUACA